AAGCAGUCACUUUCACUAUUACAUGGCUCUGUAAUACGUUGUAUCACCACCACCGCUGGCUGGACUACACUGGCUUCUCAUUCCUCAUCUGCUGCUCUGGGGUUACACCUCAGCCCUCCGUCACGACCUCGUCAGUUUCUCGUGUGGACACGAAGCCGUAACAACGUCGCUCUGCUGUCGUGUGGCCAGGUCUCGGCGUUGCGGUUACGUCACUCACAAAUAAUAGUAGCAAGAAAAAAAAAGGGCACCAGCUCGGCCCUGAGUAAUCGAGCUGGUCUGACGUCGGAGUAGUGUUCUGCUGGCGGCCGACAGGUGUGCAGCCGCGUGCAGUGAUUGUGACAUACAUCGCGGUGUGCGGCUGUGUCUGGUUUUAAUGUGAAUCCAACCGACUCAUGUUCCUUUACAUGGAUUCACAGAUAUCGUUUAGGUUGUCUCGCUCAGAACCUAAGCAUCAUCUUCGGAGAAACACGGCGGAUCACCACGUGCUGUCGGGGUUUCUGUCACUUGUGAGGUUUAUCCGUCCCCUUAACAGGGGAUGGAGUAGAGGAUAACAGUGAAAGUGAACCUUACUGCAGUCAGAUGUGUGCUCUUCCCCGGGAUCUGUGAUUACGCAACUGUUUUCCCUUUUUCGGGGCGAUACUUAUAUUUAUUAGUGGAAUAGUGCAGUUAGUGGACUGUUGCUUGAUCGGCGUGUAGACGUCUCACUUCGUUCCCUGCCUGUGCGGCUAUGCUGACGACCUAAGUGCUGUGUUUACUCACAUAACGCCCUGCAGACUAUGUUAUUGGAAAUGGAUCCUCAUCCAGCCCUUCUUUCGCUCAAUAUGUCUCCAUUUAGUCUGAGCCCCAACGGUAGCAACGGUAGCAAUGGUGGUGUAGCAACAAUGACUUCCAGUGCCAGUCCCCACAAUAACAAUCCGAUGCCGCCCCCAUUGUAUGGCUCUCCCCCGCUGGGACAGUACUCCAUGGGGGGUGGCAUGCAGCCGCAGCAACACCACCCGCACCCGCACCAGCACCAUCACCACCCCCACCCUCCCCCACAACAGCAGCAACAUAUGAUGGGUAACCUGGACACUUCGUAUCUGUUCCCGGCAGGGGGCGCCGCGGUGCCUGGGAUGGACGUGGCAGCCGGUAGUUACCAACCGUCCCCGCAGCAUCCUGUGGCGGCGGGCAUGACGGGGACCCCCGCAGAUCUGCCCGACACGAAGGAAGGCAUCGAGGAGCUGUGUCCGGUGUGCGGCGACAAGGUGUCGGGCUACCAUUACGGGCUCCUCACCUGCGAGUCGUGCAAGGGCUUCUUCAAGAGGACCGUGCAGAACAAGAAGGUGUACACGUGCGUGGCCGACAGAAGCUGUCACAUAGACAAGACCCAGAGGAAGAGGUGCCCCUACUGCCGGUUCCAGAAGUGUCUCGAGGUCGGCAUGAAGCUGGAAGCCGUUCGGGCCGAUCGGAUGCGAGGAGGCAGGAACAAGUUCGGCCCCAUGUACAAGCGGGACCGGGCCCGGAAGCUGCAGAUGAUGCGCCAGAGGCAGAUCGCGGUGCAGACGAUCCGGGGGUCCCACCACAUGGCCGAGGGCGUCACCGUCAGCUACGGCUCCCAGCAGGUGGCGGCGGGCGCCUCGCCCUUCCCGAACCUGCACAUCAAGGAGGAGAUCCAGAUUCCUCACGUGUCGUCCGUCACGUCGUCACCAGACUCCUCGCCGAGCCCCAACGCCGCGGCGCUCAGUCAGGUCAACGCCCCCAUCGCCGGCGCGUCUCGUGUCGCCGGCCAGCAGCCCACACUGCACAUUGCGGGCAGCUGUAGCGGACAAACCAGCACCCCGACCACUGGGGCUCUCGUCGUCGGCGGCCUAGACACGAAGCUCUGGGCCACAUCAAACCCCACGACGCCUUCCCCCCGCUCCCUCUCACCGAAAUCCUUCCCCUUCGACGGAGUGUUACCGAACGGCGCCAGUUCUGGAAGCACGGCGUCAGCGGCGAAUGCUGGCGCCGGCACCACGACGGGCACGUCGGUCAAGUUCUCGCCCGUCUUACGGGACUUUGUACAGACAGUUGACGACCGAGAGUGGCAGAAGUCGCUGUACGAACUGCUGCAGAACCAGACGUACAACCAGUGCGAGGUGGAUUUGUUUGAACUUAUGUGCAAAGUGCUGGACCAGAACCUCUUCUCACAGGUGGACUGGGCACGCAACUCCGUCUUCUUCAAGGACCUCAAGGUGGAUGACCAGAUGAAGCUGCUUCAGCACUCGUGGUCGGACAUGUUGGUGCUUGACCACAUGCACCAGCGGAUGCAUAACAACCUGCCCGACGAGACCACCUUACCGAACGGACAGAAGUUCGACCUGCUCUGUCUGGGCCUGCUUGGUGUCCCUACUCUGGCCGACCACUUCAAUCAGCUGAUGGUCAAACUGCAGGACCUCAAGUUCGAUGACACGGACUACAUCUGCGUGAAGUUCCUGCUUCUGCUUAACCCCGACGUGCGAGGAAUCGUGAACCGGAGGCACGUGCAGGAAGGCCAUGACCAAGUUCAGCAGGCCCUCUUGGACUACACAGUCAAUUGUUAUCCACAGAUCCAGGAUAAGUUCGCGAAACUGCUUAUGGUGAUGCCAGAGAUUCACGCGAUGGCCAGCAGAGGGGAAGACCAUCUUUACCAUAAACACUGCAAUGGUGGCGCACCGACACAAACGUUGCUCAUGGAAAUGUUACACGCCAAGCGGAAAUAGCAUCUGCAAGCGCCACAACCCAAGGGAACCAUUGAUAACUGAAGUUCAUUGGUGACAGGUUCGCGGGAAUUGGAGGCCGGUCCCUUCAGACUUCGCGUCCGUUUUAACACUUCGUCCAGGCCUCAUCGUCACAUCUCUGCAUUCUCUCAAACAGCAUAACAUCAAGUGGGGCUGCCGCAGAGAUCCAUGCAGACGGAUGUACACGAUCUCUAUCAUAUCUUCAAAACUGGACAUGCCACUGCAGUCUUUGAGUGAAAGCAGGUGGUGUUUGGGGUCCAUGCCAUUCUCCCUAUAAAUGGGAGGGGAAAGAAGUAUUUGCUGCCGGCUUAAGCAGCCAGAAAAACGCUAGUUUGGUGGGAGGAAGGUCCAGGUGGUGUGGUGGUUACCAAGUGCAUUGCUCCGACAACAUCAUUUUGUGUGACGGAGCCAACAGUCAGUUUGGACAAGGUGAAGUAAGCAUCAUUACCGUGUGCCUCCACGUGACAAGGCGGAGGACAGCGCUGAUCUUAGGCUCGAGAUGGGCAUUAUGCGAGUUACCGGGAAGCUGUGACAGAGGUUCUCUCUAGGUGCAUAGUGAUUCCUCUUGAAGAUGUGCAAUAAAAUAUUCCUUGGCAAGAAAAUCUGGUAAACUGGCUAGACCGUAGAUAUCACUUCUAAUUUUGUACUAUAGAAAGUUAUCAAAAAUUGACUUUUAACCGAUAUUAAACUUGUCGUAAGCACAGUGAGAACUGCUAUGUAAUAUUUUAAUAUGCCUGUUGACUUUUUUUUAAAGAAAAUAUGCCUUUAAAAAGUACAAAGUCAAAAAAAGUCGGAGGCACCCUGUUUAUGGAGCUGAUCUCUCAGGAUUUGUACUGUACCGUAGUUUCCCAUGCCACCGUGGUGGCGCCGAAAUGUCAGCACGGAUGUCCGUCACUCAGCUGCUUGGAAAUGUGGCGCCUCUCCACAUGAUGAUUUCAUUGCAUUUUGAUAUAAUUAUGUUUUAAAACUGAAAUCUUCACGUGACCACAAUAUCCUUGCUCGCUGUUGUCGUCUUUUUUUUUUUUUUAUUUUAUUUAUGAUGUGUUAAUUUUUGUGCAUUUACACAUUCCAGAGAGCGAGGAUGUGGGCCUCGCUCUGGAAGGGAUACAUGGGCAUCAAACUGUUUGUACCAUAAUUUUACUUUGAUGUUGAUUCAGUGUCAUGCGAUGGCAGACAAGGCGAAGAUUGUUCAGCCGCAUGGUUUUAUUUUCCUUUUGAGAGUAAAUUUCCUUAGCUGCAUUCACGUUUAUUUUAUGGUUUGCAUUUUGCUGCAUAAUUAGGUAAUUAUAGAGUAUUCGAACAUUCCAGAUAAUACAAGCUUUGUACAUUUGGGUUAGAACGUUGCAUUGUCACUUGAACCGUCAUAGGAGUGGCGGUUGUGGUGAGAGUAAAUUACUUUCUGACUAAUGUUUCUGUAAAAUUAUAUUACCUGAUCUGUUUUAUUUAAUUAACAAAUCUUUGAUGAAGAUGGGUCUGGUGGUGGGGGACUAACCUUUUCUGUGUAGCGUCAUAGUUGCAGAGCAAGGCUGCUGUGGUCAGAUGUUAUAUUGUGUAAGUGUAGAUUUGUUAAGACGUGUAAAAUACUAGUAAUUGUUAACGAUUGUUACUGUCAACUUUUGUAAGUGCAAGUUUUGUGUUGGUAACACUUGUCUCCAGUCAGUAUGGUACGGUAGUUACCGCCUUGCAAGGGAUGCUAUAGCUUCUGCUCAUGUCAUGGUAUCUUGGCAUCUUCGUCGUCACUUCAUUUCCUACCCGUUGCAGUAGUCUCGCCGUGAUGGCAGUGGUGAUCCUGAAAGCCGUCUCACCUUCCCAGACAAGUGUCAGCAUUUGUUUUCUAUAAUGUUCUUUAUAUCAUUAUGUGUUCACUGCCAAAACAAAACGAAGCAGCAUCUGGUCUAUCGUGGGCAUCCCUCGCAUUGUUCGCACCUUGUUUCUAUUUGCCGUUAUAAGAAAACAUUAAACUGUUGGUACGAGAGCUGUUAUUUUAUUAAGUGCUUUUUUUCUUACGUAGAUAUGUGUACAGACAAGCCACCUGGUAGCCUCAACUGCAGUUAGGCUGUUCUUUUGUGAUGUACAGAGGAAUUUAUUUUAACUAUUAGUGAUCCCAGUUAAUGCGCAAGGAUUGUUGCUGCCAGUUGUGGGUGUUCAGGUGGUGUACUUGAAGUGCUUUAAUAUAGCAAUUAAUGAACGAGCAUAAAAAAAAAAAAAAGGAAUUUUAAUCACUUUGUUGGAUCACUGACUUUAAUGUUACUCAGUGCACCAAGCCUGUGUGGUGCAGUAUGCUUUCAAACCCAGGCCUCACCUCUCCUUCGUCCUUUGCCCCCCCCCCCCAUUUUAUUUUGUUCAUUGGAAACAGUUUUGUUACCUCACACUGUUGUCGAGUCACCAUGCCUGAUGUGUGUAUAUAAAUAUGGACCCGUCUGUAACUGCUAUUGUUUGUACAAAAAUAUGCUGUGUCCGUUGUACGGAUCAUAUUAACCGUUAUUGCAGAGUAUUGUUCAAGGAUGGAUGAUCUAUUUCAGAGACUCCCCUUUUGUUUUUAUGUCAUUGAGGGAGCUCAAUGAGUCGUAAAACAAAGGGUGAGUCGCUUUUGGAAUGAGUCAUCUGUGACCCCUACCACAGAAAACUGUAGAAUAAAACCCCAACACAUUUUCAA